AUGUCGUCUCCGUCGACCGCGGCACCGCCGCCCACGAGGCCCGCAACCGGAAGGAAACGUGCCCCCUCUUUCUCCGAGGCCGUCGCACAGGUGCCCCAGAACGCCAAUGCACGCGAUGAGACCGCCGACCCUGCUGUCGCCGACCGUCUCGCUGCAGCAGCGGCGGCUGCUGCCAGCAAGGACCCCGUCGCCGCCUCCACCUCGGGCUCCACGGCCGCCACCAAGUCGGGUCAGCACUCGCGCACACCCAGCCAGCGCGAGGAAGACGAGAUCUACCGCUCCCAGGGUCUCAUCAAGGACCUGCUCACGUUCCGCUGGAUGACUGCGCCGGCGUCGUCGCUGCAGCUCGCGCUCAUCUUUGUGCUCGCCUACUUCAACUGGAACUUCUUCAUCGGCACGCCGGACAACAACCCGAUCGCGCCCUUCCUCAUGCUCUCGCACCGCGUGCCGCAGAGCCAGGUCAUCCUCGACUCGAUCGCGCCCAAGGACGGCGUGCAGCGCGCGCUGCAGAACCUCAUCCCGCGCUCGGCAGACAGCCUCGAGGCGCGAUACCAAAAGGGCUACAACGAUCUGCUCUUCCUCGUGUUCUACGUGAUCGUCUUCUCCUUCCUGCGCCAGUCGACGACGCUCUACAUCUUCAAGCCGUUUGCAAAGUGGUGGGGCAUCAAGAGCGAGUCGAAGCAGGCGCGAUUCACCGAGCAGGGCUAUGCGGUGCUCUACUGGGGCAGCGCCGCCGCGCUCGGCCUGUACGUGAUGAGCUUCCAGGACAGCUGGUGGUACAACCUCGAGCAUCUCUGGCUCAAGUAUCCGCACUGGCAGAUGCGCUCCGAACUCAAGCUCUACUACCUGCUCCAGUUUUCGUUUUGGCUCCAGCAGGCGCUCGUCAUGCUGCUGCGUCUCGAAAAGCCCAGGAAGGACUACUACGAGCUCAUUGCCCACCAUCUCGUCACGCUUUGGCUCAUCGGUUGGUCGUACCUGAUCAACCUCACCAUGAUCGGCACCACCGUCUUUGUGUGUAUGGACAUCCCCGACACAUGGCUCGGAUUCUCCAAGGCGCUCAACUACAUGGGCCUCGACAACAUCACCGUGGUCAUCUUUGCCAUCUUCAUGGUCAUCUGGACCUACUUCCGCAUCUACCUCAGCGCCGCCACGCUGCAUUCGGUGUGGUAUCAGUUUGAGCUGAUUCCGCGCUACGCGCGCGAGUGGGAGCCCGAAAAGGGAUGGUGGCUCGUCAGCUGGAUGCGAUACCAGAUCUUUGCUCCGCUCUUCCUGCUGCUCCUCCUCAACCUCUUCUGGUACGUGCUCAUGUGGAGGAUCAUGUUCCGCGCCAUCAGGGGUACCGUCGCAGACGAGCGGGAAGACGGAGAAGACGACGAAGAGGAAGACGACAAGAAGAACCAGUAA